UGCAGUGCAACGUUCAGCCAGUUGCAUUUCAAGAUGCGACGUCUACUCACUGCGAUUCUGGCCAUUGCAGUCGGCAGCCUGGGCUGCCAGGCAGAAUGCAAUGCCUGCGCCGCCGGCAGCGGCGUGGCCUGCAUCUCGGAGCGUCAGUUUCAGUUCUGCGCAAAUAACCAGACCACGGGACCCGUCAACUCCUGCCCCGCGGACAGCUACUGCUCCAGCCAGGUGCCGAUUUGCCAAAAGAACGCAGCACUUGUCGCCUGUGCGGGCUGCGGCGAGUGCAACGAACUGGGCACCUUUGCCUGCACGGGCACGCGCACCUUUGCCCUGUGCCUGGGCAGCAAUCGACCCUCCAAUAUCACGGCCAGCUGUAGCGAUCAGCUGGUGUGCAACAGAAAUCUGCCGGAAAUAUGCGGCAAUGCCACUGCGACAAGUGCCACCUGCCCAGAGCAGCCGGCAACCACAGAGCAGCCAAGCACUGAGGACGACACAGACACCACCACACUGGAGAGCACCACCGUAUCCACCACAGAUGAUUUUUGCCGUGCAUCCUUCAAGGGUAUUCCCAUUCAUGCUAUUCCCAAUGAUACCGAGUGCACCAGUUACAUCUAUUGCCGAUUCUAUAUACAAUCGUGGGUGGGUCGCAUUAUCGAUUGCCCCUCUGAUAAACCCUAUUUCAAUGGCUGGACCUUGUGUUGCGGCACAACGAAGUCAACGCUUCCAGGUUGUCUUGUUGCUUAAUUAUGUUUAUUAAAUAUAUGGUGUUAGUAUUUUCUGAAGAAAUAUUCCUCAUUAAAAAUAUAUAUUUGAAUUUUUUUAACUACUCGCUAA